GUAAACAUCUGAACCAUGUAUUUUAGGCUUACCUUUGAAGUUUCUGACUUACAAGCAACAACUAAACAUCAAGAAGAGGAAAUUCGAGGAUUCCACACAAAUCAUAAACAGUCAAUUCAAGCAUUGACAAUGCGAUUGAACAAUGGGAAAGAAGAAAAGAGCAAACUACUAAAAGAAAUCAAUAGGCUUAACCUUGAAAUUUUUGACUUGCAAGCAACAAAUAAACAUCAAGAAGAGGAAAUUGAAGAAUGCCACACAAAUCACAAUAAAUCAUUUCAAACAUUGACACAGCAUUUGGAGAAUCGGAAUGAAAAAAUCAUUAAACUACGAAAAGAAAUAGCUAGGCUUGAACAUGAAUAUUCUGAGUUACAAGCAACAACAAAUUGUCAAGCAGAAGAAAGUAGAAAGUGUCAGAAAAACCAUAAUAAAUUAAUUCAAGAAUUGAAAAUGCGUUUGGAGAAUGGGAAACAGGAAAAGAGUAAACUACUAAAGGAAAUAGAUAGGCUUGAAGAAGAAUAUUCUGAGUUACAAGCAACAACAAAUUGUCAAGCAGAAGAAAGUAGAAAGUGUCAGAAAAACCAAAAUAAAUUAAUUCAAGAAUUGAAAAUGCAUUUGGAGAAUGGGAAAGAGGAAAAGCGUAAACUACUAAAGGAAAUAGAUAGGCUUAAUCUUGAAAUUUCUGACUUACGAACAACAACAAAACAUGAAGAAGAGGAAAUGGAAGAAUUCCACACAACUCACGUAAGUCCAUAUUUACAAAGCCUAUUUUGUACUAAUUUCUGAAAUAGUGAGAUGAAUAUUUCCUGAUUCUAGCAGUAGUAUACAAUCACAUUUUAGGAGAUAUUAAUAUUCUCCCUAGUCAUAUAUUUGAUAUAUACAUACGUAUGUUUUUAUAUACUAGUUUAAAUUGUCUUAGCUUGUAGAAGUUCUUUGAAUUUGUAAAAUUCAUUACUCUGGGAAUAUGAUUUGUUUUUUGAGACAGGGACUAUGUACCCCAGGAUUAUACCAAAUUCAUGCUCUGAUUUACUUUUCUUCCAGACUCUGGGAUGAAAACAAAAACAGUAGCUACCAUGUCCUAUCAGUGUUAAGUGAUUAAUGAUAAAUACUGUGAUUAUCUACACUCAAUAGUUCGUAUUUACCAUAGUUGCUUUACCCAAUUACCCUCUGAUGGACUUUUAAUUUUCAUGUGUUUGGCUGCUGUUAACAAUGCUGUGUGGGAAACUAAUCUGAAAUUGAAUUUUUCAUUGCUGCCAAUACAUCAUCAUAAUGUAUAUGUUUAAGAUACAAAUAUUUGAUGAAAUUCUGGAUUUAAAUUUAAUGUUAGACUUUCUGUGAUAUCUUGAGUAUUAGUUAUCUGAAAUAUUCAGUUUUCUUAAAGAAUAAGUACUAGAUCAUCAGACAAGGACAUUUCUCCGAGUAAAGUCUUUUCUUCUUAUUGGGAAUAGUUCAUUGAGUAUUUUCCACAAUAUAUUUUGAUGAUAUAAGACCCUUCCCCAGCUCAUCUCAUACCUGCCUUCAAUUCACCAAACAUUCUGCUGCAUGUUUUAUUCCUUCAUUAUACUCAUGAUGUAAAAUUUGUUCUACACAUACAUGUUUGGAAGGUAAGAACCCAGCGAAGAUUCUACCGUUAAAAAAUACCAUUCAUCCUUCUCCCAUGGAUCACUGGCAAUCUAUCAAGGCUGUGUGUAGUUACUUACAGCCCCUCCCUCUUCAUGGUGGAACUCUGUUGGCCAUGGACCUGCACAAGUCUUCUGCAUGCUAUCUCUUCUGCUGUGAAUUCAUAUAAGCUACGGCACUGCUGUGUCCAGGAAACACUCUUGCAUAAUCCACUGCCUUGCACACUUAACAAUCUUUACCUCUCCUCUUCCAUAAUGAUCACUGAGUUUUGAU